AUGUCAGCACACAGCAGUGAAUCCGAGGACGGCAGCAGCUGUGACAGUGCAGACGUAAGUUAUCUGCCAUGUUGUCCCGCAGCUAAAUUAACCAUCGUGGUCGGUGACACUCACUUCUCUGAGGAGAAGAUGCUUCUUGUUCAGAGCUGCGACUAUUUCCAAGCUCUGUAUCGCUCUGGGAUGAAGGAGUGUCGGCAGCAAGAAAUCCACCUCAAGUCUCUGCGUGCUCAAGGUUUCCUUAUCGCCCUGGCAGUGCUGCGAGGUGAGAUGCCCAACCUGGACGGCGACGACAUCGUUGAAGCCAUCGAAUGCGCUGCUUUCUUGCAGGUGGCGCCUCUCAUUAAGCAUCUCAUCAACCUCAUUGACUCUGACAACUGUUUGCUGAUGUAUCACACCGCUGCAACCUUCGGCCUCAUGGACCUUUACCACGCUGCUGCGCUCUUCAUCCGGAACAUGUACGUCGACCUGGAGUUGGAAGUUAAGAAAUCCUUACCGACAGAGCUGAUCUCCUACGUGGAGUCUUUGAGGCCGAGUGUUUUCGUGGCUGUGGGCGCUCAUGUGACCUGUGGCGGAGAUAAAACUAUCCACGCUGCCUCCAGGACGGUCUGCUACCUGGAUGAAACUGGCAACAGUUGGAAAGUAUUGACAGAUCUUCCACUAGAGGCCAGUACCUCAAUGGCUGGAGUGACUGUUUUAGACAACAAACUCUACAUCGUCGGAGGUGUUCAUGGACUUCAAAAACAAGUCGUCGAGUCUUGUUUCUGCUACAGCGUGGAAAACAACAGCUGGAGCCGGAUCUCCAGUCCGGCACAGCUGCGAUACAACCUCAGCCUCGUGGGUGUAGACGGUCGUCUUUACGCCAUCGGGGGAGAGUACGAGCGAACGGUGAUGUCGUCUGUGGAAACAUACAACGUUAAGACGGGGAGGUGGGGGUUCGCCGCUCACUUACCUCGACCGGCGGCAGGGGCGGCAUGCACCAAAACCAUGAGCAGGAUAUUUGUGUGUUUAUGGAGGCCAAUGGAGACCACGGAGAUCUACGAGUACGUCUCAGGGAAAGACGAGUGGCAGCUGGUGACCACGUUGAUCAGGAAGCAGAGCUAUGGCCACUGCAUGGUCGGCCACAGGGACAACCUGUACAUCAUGAGGAACGGUCCAUCGGACGACUUCCUGCGAUGCCUGAUGGACUGUUAUAACCUGAGAACGGGCCAGUGGUCGUCUCUGCCCGGACACUUCGCCAACAGCAAAGGUUCGCUGUUCACGGCGGUGGUGAGAGGCGACUCUGUGCUCACGCUCAACAGGAGCAUGACUCUGGAGUACGCCGUCGAUGAUAAAACCUGGAAGCCGCGCCGGCAGAUGAAGGGUUUCCCCAGAAGUGGUUCUGUGUGGACGUUUCUGCUCCAGCUGCCAGAAGCUCUCGUGCUGCAGUAG